GUGAGAUGAAAAUGUUGUGCAUUUUGCUGAUUUUCGCACUCUGUGCAAUUCCAGCUCGUUCCGUUGGACCAAUCAAAGUCAUUCUUAAUAUAACAGAACUAGAAUAUAAGUCUAUGCCACCUCUAUUCCAUUUGGAUGAUUUUGACGGAUGUUUAACUCAGAAAAGCGAUUCACUGUAUUGUUUCGCAACAGUUCAGCUCGUUCCAAAAGAUGUAGAUAAUUUAUCGAAAACCUGGAAAAUUAUUGAAGAAGUGAUAACUGUGCCCAGGUUCUACAGACACGAUCGGUUAAGACAUGGGAUUUGCGUACAAGAAACAUGUCCGAACAUACCAAAAGCAAAUUACGGAUUGGGAAACGGCACUGAGGAAUUGUGGAAAGGAAUUUCGGAUUGUUACUCGCAUAAGUAUGAUCAUUUAGGCUUGAGAAGUGAAGUCACCGAAAUCAAUUGUCAAAAUGAUCAACCAGUUUACGAAAUUGAUUCGUUGGAUAUUGCUUACAUAUGCACUCUGCUGACUUUUCUUGCUUUGGUAACCAUAGGAACCACAUUCGAAGUUCGUGCAAGGUACAAAAAACCCGAAGAAUACGAACGGAUUACCAGCAGCUCCAAAGCAAGAAAAUUGUUAACGGCUUUCUCGUUGACGAAGAACUUGGAGCGAUUGGGCAGCGAGAUAACAAGUGAGGAUGGGCUAGCUUUAUCUCCCAUCCAAGGCAUUCGCGUUUUUAAUAUGUUCUUCGUGAUAAUGACGCACACUUGCAUGCUAGAAUUCUUAGGACCAUUGGCCAAUCCGCAGUUUGUCGAAAAUACAACUCUGAAACCCGCAAAUAUGUUUCUAAGCAAUGGAAGUUUAAUCAUGCAAACUUCGUUUAUUACAUCUGCGUUUCUUUUGAGCUUCAACAUUACUCAGAUAUUCGAAAACAAGAAAGUUUCUUUGUUGGAUAUUAUCAAUGCUAUUUUUAUUCGAAUUGCAAGGUUAUAUCCGAUUUUAAUCAUGAUGAUCGGUUUUGCAUCAACUCUGUUGAGACACACAGGAUCUGGACCGUUUUUUAACUUGAUUAUAGAUGUUGAGUACAAGAAUUGUAGGAAUAAUUGGUUACUGAACAUACUGUUUAUCAAUAAUAUGUACAAACCGGGGGAGAUGUGUUUACCGCAAACGUGGUAUUUAGCAGCGGAUAGUCAGCUGUUUCUUCUUGGUUUAUUGACGAUGAUGGCGGUCAUAAAUAAACCGGAGUAUGCGAAGAAAAUUUUUGCAUCCAUUUUCGCACUGGGAAUAUCCAUAACAUUCAUUCAACAUUAUUACAACGCCUACGACAUCGUGUUCAGAAGUUAUCCAGAAAUGUUGUACACAUUGAAUCUAAAAAUGAACCAAUGGCUUAGGAUGUUUAUUGCCACUCAACACCAUAUACCUUGUUACAUCCUAGGACUAGCAGGCGGAUAUUACUUUCACAAGUACAGAAAAUAUUCAAGAAAAUAUACCAACUUCUUUCGGGUUUCGUAUGUCUUUUUUUUCGUCUUACCAAUUGGAGCAAUUUUAUCCGCGGCACCCACUUACAAUGACGGCUUUGAAACAUCAAGAUUCAACGCUGCUCUUUACCACGCUCUUUCCAGGGUGUGCUUCGGUUUGCCAAUCUUAAUUGGUAUGUUGGGAUUCUUCUUGGGAUACGGAGGUCCCAUGCGCAAAUUCAUCAACUGGAGGCCGUUCCAUGUUCUUGGAAGACUUUCGUUCACCGUGUAUUUAUCGCACUUGCACUUCAUGCGGAUGAACCGCGGCAUAGACAGGAACAUGAGUUUCUUAACUGAACGAGUUUUGAUCCGUUGGGUCUUCGGAGAUAUUCUAAUCUCGUACUUAUUAGGAGCUGUGCUCUGCUUGCUCAUCGAGUUACCUACCUCGGCGAUACUCAACAUUUUAAUGUCUAUUGAUAAGAAAAAAGACAACAAAGUUAAAAGUCAUUCUUCAUAA